CAAAGGCAGAAUUCCUAAUCCCCACCAAUGAAAAUGAUUUCAAGCCAUGUAUAGUAUGCAUUGCACUAGAUCGAUCGAUCGAUCGAUCAACUGGCCCUAACUCAUCCCCUCCAAGAUUAUCACCGCCAAGAUUAAGACUUGGAUCCCAUCUUCAUACAUUUUCCGACGAAAUAGAUGGCUGACGUUGAGCCGGAGCUCAGCAACAAGCAGAAGACUGAGAUCGCCAAAUGGUUCCUUAUCAAUGCCCCCGGUGGCGAGAUACAAUAUGUCGCAAAAGACCUUCGAUCUGUUCUUGGUAACGAUGAUGUCUAUAACAUGGCGGCAUCGGAGGCAUUUCCUCUGUAUAAUAGAUCACACAUGAUAUGCCUCAACAUGCCCAGCAAUAGCGGUGAGGUCCUUAUCACACCAUAUAGCCAGCUCGCUGAUGAUGAAUAUAUCGAUCUUAGAACUGCCCAAGUUGCUAAAGUUGAUCAUAUUAAGCAAGUUUGCUCAAAGGUGAGACCGGCAACUGAUGAAGAGCUUCCUUCACCAUAUGUUGAGGAGUAUCGAUGUGCACUUGAUGCAGAAUUAAUGAAAUACAUUAGUGAAGCAUAUCCAAAAGGCGUUUGUUCUGUUUAUUGUGUGAGAGGAAAAGAUGUGGAAGAGCCAGGAUCUGAUUUUGAGUUUGUUGUCGUCAUUUCAGCUUGUCGGCACAGCCCUCAGAAUUUCUGCAAUGGGAGCUGGCGUUCAGUGUGGAACAUUGAGUUUAGGGAUGAACCACAACUCAUUAAAGUAAAAGGCAGAUGGCAGGUGGAAGCCCACUAUUUUGAAGAGGGGAACGUUCAAUUAGACGCUGAACAUGAAUGCAAGGAUUCAACUCUGUUCCAGUCCCCCGACGAAACUGCAAUAUCCUUGACUAAUACUAUUCGCCACCAUGAGGCAGAGUACCUUGCUUCUAUUCAGGCAUCCUAUUCAGUUUUGCCAGAUACCACUUUCAAGGAUCUUCGAAGAAAACUUCCAGUAACUCGCACUAUGUUCCCAUGGCACAACACGUUGCAAUUUAGCCUUACAAAAGAUAUAUCGAGAGAACUCGGGAUGGGAAAGUAGACUUUUGCAAUUACAUUACUAACUUUUGCUGUCCUUGAAUUUGGAUUUUGUUAUUUUCUUCCAUCUGUAAUUACUUUCAAGAUGGAGAUGGUGGAUUUUCCAAAAUUAUACAAUUUGUAAAGAACAGAUCUUCAUGAGCAG